AUGGCCAUUACAUUUUCAAAUAUUUGUUUUAAAAAAUCGACUUCCCAAAACACCCUCAUAUUCCAAGUUCAAAAACCACCAUUACCUUCCACGACAAUCAUUUCCACCUUCCACCACCACCAUUGCCUUCCACCACCACUGACUUUCACCAUCGCCCACUAUUUUCCACCGCUACCGCUUUUCACCACCGCCACCGCCACCGCUUCUCACCACCGCUACCGCUACCGCCACCACCUUCCACUGCCAUUACCUUUCACCACUGCUACCGCCACCACCAUUGCCGCCAUCACCUUUCACCACUGCCACCACCUUCCACCACCACCACCACUACUACCGCCUUUCAGUAUCACCGCCACCUUUCACUACCGCCACCGUCACAACCCUAUACCACCACCGCCACCUUUCAUCACCACCACCGUUGCCGCCAUCACCUUUUACCACCUUCCAUCGCCACCACCACCUUCCACCACCGCCACCGCCACCGCCACCACUUUUCACCACAUCCACCACCUUCUGCCACCUCCACCGCUACCAGUACCACCACCGCCUUCCACCACCACCACCACCAUCGUCACCACCUUUCAGCACUACUACCACCGCCACUUCCAUUGCCUUCCACCACCACCAUAG